AUGAAGAGCUUCAUCUUGAAAACAGCUUUACUUCUCUGCAGCCUCAGCUUGGUCUCUGUCUCAGUUUCUGAGUCUGAGACUGUGGAGGUCCAGCCUGGUGAAGAAGUCACACUGCACUGCUCCAACAUGUCAACAAAUCCAACUACGACAGAGUGGAUCAGAGUGGUCAACCAAACCAAAGUCAGCUGCAUUUCCUCUAUGUAUGGGUCUAAUGGGAAUCCUAAAUUCUGUGAUGGAUUCAAAAAUGGGAAAUUCAAAAUGAGUUCCAACAUCUCUGCUGUCUUUCUUAACAUCACACAAGUGGAUUUAUCAGACUCUGGACUGUAUUUGUGUGGAUUUUACUUGAAUGGACACACACGACUUAAAGGAAUAUACUUAAAUGUUCAAGAAGAGUCUGAUGAAAAUACAAGGCUGAUGAGUGUGAUCCUGGGUGGUCUGACUGUUUUCCUUCUAAUGGUCAUCAUCAGUCUGGUUGUUAAAAUCAUGAAGCUUCAGACAGCUCCUAAUGAAGAGCUCAAUACACCACAGAACGAGAAUCUGGGCUCUGAUAACCUGAACUACGCAGCACUGAGUUUCAAUCCAAAGCCAAAAAGAAACCGAAGACCUGUAUCAGGAAGAGAAGUGGAGCCAAAUGUGAUUUAUGCUGCAACCAAAUAG